UUGUAUUUUGAGGUGGAUGAGUUAAAGGUAUAGCAAAACGGCAGCCAUUUUGUCGUAGUCCACAACACAGACUCCCUUAAUCCUCUGAGUGUCUGGAGCUGAGCUGAUGUGAAGGAUUUGUGAUGCUGGAGUGAGUGUGGGAGAGUUUCAGGUUGCCGAAUGGAUGCCCCAAGAAUGAAGGAGGACAAACCUAACGUCACCCAGAUAAUACUAAAUCUCACCCUUGAGACCAUCUACCUGCUGACUGGAGAGGACUAUGAAGUAAUGAAGAGGACGUCUGAUGAUGGUGUCACUUCCCGUGUCCCCGGGGUAUUGAACAGGAGCUGGAGCCAUACUCUGAAUCCUUCACCUCUUGUUAUGAAGCAGGAGAAGAAUGACAAGAAAAUUCUGGAACUCACCAACCAGGUCAUUCACAUACUGACCGGAGAGGUGUGGAAGCAUUUGGGAAAAACAACUCUAUAUGACUACACAAACCUUGAAGAAUCUCCAUCUAUACGGUUGCGUGAUGUGACUCAUGACGAUCCACCCAACUGCACCAAGGUGGCAUCUAAUUUCCAUGGUGAUGAUGACCAUAUGUCCUUUAGGCAUGACUUAUCUGCAGGGUCUCAUCUACCAGAGCCUGACAUCUCCACAUCAGUUCUUGUCAAAGAGGAGUCCUUGUCAAAUGAAGAAGAUCUUCUCCACAUGGAGGUCUCCAAACGAAUUCCACAUACACAACAUACAUCUAGUGAAGAUCUUCUCCACUUGGAGGUCUCCAAACCUAAACCAUAUACACAACAUACAUCUAGUGAAGAUCUAUUCCACUUGGGGGUCUCCAAACCAAAACUAUGUACACAACAAACACCUAGUGAAGAUCUUCUCCACUUGGAGGUCUCCAAACUAAGAUCACGUACACAACAAACAUCUAGUGAAGAUCUUCUCCACCUUGAGGUCUCCAAACCAAGACUACGUACACAACAUACAUCUAGUAAAGAAGAUCUUCUCCACUCGGAGGUCUCCAAAUCAAGACUACGUACACAACAUACAUCUAGUGAAGAUCUUCUCCACUCGGAGGUCUCCAAAUCAAGACUACGUACACAACAAACAUCUAGUGAAGAUCUUCUCCACCUUGAGGUCUCCAAACCAAGACUACGUACACAACAUACAUCUAGUAAAGAAGAUCUUCUCCACUUGGAGGUCUCCAAAUCAAGACUACGUACACAACAAACAUCUAGUGAAGAUCUUCUCCACCUUGAGGUCUCCAAACCAAGACUACGUACACAACAUACAUCUAGUAAAGAAGAUCUUCUCCACUUGGAGGUCUCCAAACCAAGACCAUGUACACAACAAACAUCUAGUGAAGAUCUUCUCCACUUGGAGGUCUCCAAACCAAGUCUACGUACACAACAUACAUCCAGUGAAGAUCUUCUACAUGUGGAGGUCUCCAAACCUAGACUACGUACACAACAUACAUCUAGUGAAGAAGAUCUUCUCCACUUGGAGGUCUCCAAACCAAGACCACCUACACAACAUACAUCUCAAAUUGAUGCAUUCUCACAUGAAGACAGGCACCCGGGAAAGCUUGGUCUUCAUAGCCCUGAAGAUGAUACUCAAUACAUAUCUUUUGUCAUUAAAGAGGAGGAGGAGGAGGAAGAAGAUCUACCAGACCCAGACUCAUCCACCAAUCAAUUACAGGUCACAUCUCCAGAAAUGUCAGAUGAAUCGACUAUGUUGGAACAUUUUGGUAAAAAUUUGACUUCCCUUGGGAACAGUUUUAAUAUCUCACCAAACCAGGAACCCUCACAUCAAGCCUACCCUGGUGAGGAACCAUAUACUAGUUAUGGUGUCGGUGUAGGUGGUGAUUUGACUGCAGCUGGGUACUCCAGAAACCCUACUGACCCACAGGCGAAUCUCAGCAAGCGUCUGAUGAUUCUCCAGAAAGGAAAAACCUUCUUCUGCUCAGAGUGCGGAAAAUCAUCCUCAUGGAAGUCGGCAUUAGUCCAUCACCAGCGCAUUCACACAGGAGAGAAGCCGUUUUCUUGCCAUGAGUGCGGGAAAUGCUUUAUUAGUAAGUCCCACCUCAUUCUACACCAAAGGACUCAUACGGGAGAGAAGCCAUAUUCAUGUUCGGAGUGUGGAAAGUCCUUCACCUGCAGCUCGCACCUUGUUACGCACAGAAGGGUUCACACGGGAGAGAAGCCUUAUUCCUGCUCUGAGUGCGGCAAAAGCUUCAUCAGCAGCUCAAACCUCAUCCGGCACCAGAAGUUUCACACCGGAGACAAGCCGUAUCCGUGCCCAGACUGCGGCAAAUGCUACCGGUACAACUCUGACCUGGCUAGGCAUCAGAGGAGGAGGCCUGGUGGAAAACCGUACUCUUGUUCGGAGUGUGGAAUGUGUUAUUUUAGCAAAUGCGCCCUCGCUGUGCAUCUACAAAGUCAUGGACUGGCUCCUCGUGUUCUGCAGUAGGGAUGGGGAAGUAAUCUGCAUCAUACUGCAGAUCAGAAACAUUCUAUGCUGAAAGGGUUGUUAUAUUUUUAGACCUUCUCGAGGUUGAUGGUUUGAACCAUUGGCAUCACCCUUCUCUACAUAUACAUAAAUAAAAUCAUUGUCACUAUUUUUAUA